AUGUCAAAUGGAACUGUUAUUUACUGGAAAGAAAAACAAGUAAUUUUGGGAGAAGAGUCGACUGGAGCUUUUGAGAGAAAUAAAAGGUGCUGUCAAAUCCAUGAUAACUGUUACAGUGAUGCUGUGAAGCUAAAGGAGUGCUGGCCAAUCAUUGACAAUCCUUACACCAUCACCUACAGUUAUACCUGUUCUGAGAACACUAUUGUCUGCACCAGCAGAAAUAGACCUUGUAAGAUGUUUGUCUGUGAAUGUGACCGUAAGGCAGCCAUCUGCUUCUCUACAGCAAAAUACAAUCAGCAGUAUAAGAAUCUGGACCAAUCUCAGUACUGUAAAUAGGAAAUGAAUGUUAUUAACCAUAUGUUACUUUGAAAUAUGAAAUCUAUAUGUAUCUAUGCAGUUUAUUUCAAAAUAUUUCUAAAUAUCUUUGAUUUCCAUAUUCACACUGUUCUCUAUAAACUGCAAUCUCAUUUAAAUCCAAAACUGUAUGUUCUGUGCUAACAGUCUUUGACCAAAGUUAACAAACACACAACACCAGGUUAGAGACCAACAGGUUUAGUUGGAAGCACCUGGUGGUGUGUGAUUUUUAACUUUGUACACCCCAAUCCAACACCGGCAUCUCCAAAUCAGUCUUUGACCAAUGUUGCAUUUACAUCGCGCAUUAUCUGUCAUUCUGAAGAGCUGGAUCAUAUAGAAUCAGUGCAUUGUGGGACUAGACCAAUCAACCAAUUAAGUCAAAAUGACCCUUUGAAGAGCAUUCCAACUAGAAUCAAUCCCCUUCCCUGAUGCCUAUAAUCCUGCAUUUCUCCUAGCUAAUCCACCUACCCUGCACAUCCUUGGACACUAUGGGCAAUCUACCUAAC